AUGGAUUGUGAUGAGCUGGAUCCUUUCUCCAGUGAAAGUCUGUGGAGACUCUCGAAAUUCAGCAUAGAAGCUCUACAGCCAUUGGGAUCAUUACCAUGGAACACUACUCUAAGUGAUGAUGCUACGUCCUGCUUUGAGAUAUACCCACAGUCUACAGAUAAGUUUGAUCCUGUAUGGAAACUGGACCUCUUUCCAACCGACUUGGAAAAGCCCGAAUCAUCUACCGACUCGAUCAUCAAUCCCUCCAUAGACGGCGAGUCUGAUGCCACAUGUGAUUCACUAAGAGAUAUUUCGGGCGAUGACAACGAUAUAUGGUCACUGGAUUUACUCCAGGAAGACCCCGGUCAAAUAACCCCGCAGAAAUCAUGGGAGAGGUAUCAACAUAGGUCUUUCCAAGAGCCUGUGUCUGUUUACUUCAGUGAAUCUGGGGCAAAGGGCUUUGAUGCAGUUUUGGAACGGCAAAACACUGCAAACAGAGAGGGUGCACCACAACGAAUGGUUCGAACAGAUGUGUUCAUUCGAUCAUUGCUUCGUCUCGGGCUUGGCUGGAGCUCUGCAUUCUUUCGCUACGAUCAACACACCAACCAAUUUCAAAGAUAUUUGAAGGACAUCAGGGUCUCUGGUAUUAGCUCAUUGGCAUUGGAAAAUGUGAUUGAAUAUGUGGUCCAAUGUGGUAUCAAUAUGCAGCGCAUGCGGUUGUUUGCACAAGACCCGCCAGCGAAAUGCAAAGAACUCCCUGCCUUGUUCACAUUAAGCAGCACGGUCGCAAUAAUAAUCUUCAACCUUGAAGAACAGAUCUCCGAUCAUUCGAGAAAUAUUGCUUCACUCCUACAGAUAAAGGCACUGUUUCACCGCUGCGGGGACUUGAUAGGUGCCUUGGCAGCUAUUGUUGGUGCUGCACAAAGGGCUGUCUCGGAUGCGCAAGUCAUGUCAAUUGUCACGGAACGUGCAGCAUUCUUUGCCCAGAAGUUUGACUGGAUGGAGAACCUUGUGCAUGAGAUUGUGAUUCGAGUGACACGGCCAUGGUUCAAAUUCAUUGAGACUUGGAUUGGGCUUAGACCCGAAGAUGCAACUCUAAAAGAAUCUAUGGCAAGCGGCAAAACUUUCGUCAAAUUGGUAACUCAUGACGUUGGCAAGUUCAAGACUGGGCCAGCACGAAUCGAUCACAUCUAUCAAGCGGAACACAUGCCGUCUUUCAUCCCGGCAGACCAAGCCCGUUCCAUCUUUGAGAGUGGGCGAAGUCUUCAGCUCUUGAAACGAUCCCAUCCUCGUCAUCCCAUCGCAAAGCGCGAUAUUCUCUCGCGAACUGGUAGUCCGCAUCUGCAUUGUGCGACUACUUGGGCUGAUAUUGAGCAAAUUCAAACAAAAGCGCAGGAAUACGAGUCAAGCAUCCGCGCUGAGAUCAAAAAAUAUCAUAUGGGUGAUCCAGGCUUGCAGGAUUCACCAUCAGACGUUGUCGCCCAUGGUGUCGAUCAAAUCACCGACACAGAAGUUACAACGGCAGCCUUUGAACUCUUCGACAUCGAUGAUGAGAAAAAUGCCCCAGGGCCUGUCACAGACCAAAAGGCUCUUUCAAAGGAUGAUUUUAAGCAACUGCUGGAUCAAGCCCGGGGAUUUGGAACCCAAAAUACCAAUGAAGGAAGCUACCUCGGGCCUGAAUUAACAUAUGGCCUCCAUCUAUCUCUUGCGCCCAUUCUUUCUUCACAGGCACUUCUCGUCGACUACUCUUGCCUACAUCUUCUCUUCAAGGAGCAUCGACUUCGACAUCAUCUGAACAUGCAAUGGCGCUUCCAGUUGCUAGGAGAGGGCUCAUUUGUCGCCCGCCUUUCUCAUUCCCUAUUCGACCCGGAAAUGGAAAGCGGAGAGCGAAAGGCUGGGAAAGUGCGUAGUGGUGUUGACACCGGUUUACGCCUCGGCAGUCGUGACACAUGGCCGCCAGCUAGUUCAGAGUUGCGACUCGUGUUGAUUGGCCUGCUGGGAGAUUGUUACUUUGGCAGCACAGACCCAGAGGAUGACGACAAAACUCACAUUCAAAAGGAUAACGAGCUGCCUGGUGGCUUGAGCUUCGGAAUUCGAGAAUUGACAGACGAAGAAGUCGAAGGAUGUAAAAAUCCGAAUGCAAUAGAGGCUUUGGACUUCCUUCGUCUGCAAUACACGCCACCAGAAGUCCUUGAAUCCCUCAUCACCGUUCGCUCUUUGAAUAAGUAUGAUCGUCUCUUCAAGCAUUUACUUCGGUUAAUCCGCAUGGUUUCUGCCGUCAAAGGACUUAUUUGGGAUUCUACUGCCCGAGGAUCUCUAUCAGGAGACACACGCGAUGUAUACUGGAAGUUUAGAGUGGAUGCCCAGCACUUUGUCCUCGCAGUCAGUGAUUACUGUUUCCACAUUGGCAUUGGAUCCAUCUGGCAGCGCUUCCAAGACACACUCACCAAGAUCGAGCUUUGCAUCAAUCGUGGCGAUAUCGACGGUACGAUUGAAGCGGCGCACUCGGUACCACGACUUCGCGAUUAUCACGAGGACAUCCUUGACCAGAUGCUGUUCGCGUUAUUCCUCAGCAAACGUCAUGCCCAGGCGGCCAAACUGCUUGAAUCCAUUUUCGGCACUGUCCUCGCCUUCAGUCUUCUGUCAAGAGCAGAUGGAAUCGGGAUGCGCAACGAAAGUGAAGGUGCUGUUCUACACCUCUAUCAGUCUUUUAGAAAACAGAUCUCCGCAUUUGUCAACUACCUUCGCAGCCUGGAGUCUGGAAAAGCCACUUCGAAAUCAAUGACUAAAUCAGGGGAAUUCUUCUAUUCGCGGACAGACCCAACCAGUGUCUUUGAGCAUCUACGGGUGAGAUUAGACGUGAAGAACUACUAUUGA